GAUCAGACACUGAGCCCGUAUGGUCCUGUAUCUAAACGGUCAGCAUUUUCUUUACUCAUGUCAUGCGCAAGCCGGCUCACAUGCGCCUGGUAAAAAUCUUACGAAAAUUUCUUCCGCAGCACCGAUGAUAAUGAUUUAACACGAAAAAUGGGUAUAACGAAGCAACUAAUGCAACGAAGUGGACUUCGCCUACUUGCUUGCUAUACUCAAGUUGUGGUACGUCGACUGUUGUCAUCUGCAACUACGAAAGAUGUAUCAAAAAUUCGAAAUAUUGGUGUCUCUGCCCAUAUUGACUCAGGAAAAACUACCCUUACUGAGAGGUUAUUGUUUUACACUGGAAGGAUCAGUCAAAUGCACGAGGUUACAUCACCAGCUUUUGCUAUAAUUAUUUUUGUCUGUAAAUUCACCAACAGGUCAAAAGUUGUGGAAGGCGUUAUUCCAGAAGACAUGGUUCAUGAAUGUACAAAAAGACGACAAGAACUCAUAGAAACUGUUGCAGAUGUUGAUGAAGUGUUAGGAGAAAUGUUCCUGGAAGAAAUUCAGCCGACAGAGGAACAGCUAAUAGCUGCCAUUCGCCGGGCCACUAUCAAGAGAAGUUUUACACCAGUGUUUGUAGGAUCUGCCUUAAAAAAUAAAGGAAUCCAGCCACUACUGGAUGGUGUUGUGGACUUCUUACCUGACCCUUCUGAGGUGAAAAAUUUUGCUCUGGAUGGUGACAAACCUGAUGAAAAAGUUGAGCUGAGCAGUGAGAUAGGUUCCUCUCAUCCAUUUGUGGGUCUUGCUUUUAAGCUUGAGGCCGGUAGGUAUGGUCAGCUGACUUACCUCAGAGUGUACCAAGGCUCGCUCAAGCGUGGGGCCUUCAUUGUGAACACAAGGACUGCAAAACGUGUUAAGGUCCCUAGGAUAGUCAGAAUGCACUCAGAGACCAUGGAGGAAGUACAAGAGGCCAAUGCUGGUGAUAUAUGUGCUCUGUUUGGAGUUGACUGCGCUUCUGGGGACACGUUCACCGUAGAGGGAGCUAAAUUACUGUCCAUGGAGCCAAUAUUUGUUCCAGAUCCAGUUAUUUCUCUGGCCGUGGAGCCUAACAACAAGAAUGACUUAGCACAGUUCUCAAAAGCCCUCAGUCGGUUCGCGCGAGAGGACCCAACAUUUAGAGUGAGUUUCGACGACGAAAGCAAAGAGACUAUUAUUUCUGGCAUGGGCGAGCUUCAUCUUGACAUCUACACAGAGAGAAUGCGCACAGAGUAUAAUUGUCCGGUUAUCGCUGGUAAACCAAAGGUCGCCUUCAGAGAGACAAUAGGCAAGGCAGCCAGCUUUGACUAUCUUCAUAAGAAGCAGAGCGGUGGAGCGGGUCAGUUUGGCCGUGUUAUUGGCAGAAUCGAGGUAUCUUUUACUCGUUUUAUACCAGCAUUUUCGGUCACAUGGGCUUAUUAUCAUCCUCUGUUGACAGCAUUUCCUAAAGCUGCACCCCUUAUUUUGGAGCCCAUCAUGGCGGUAGAAGUUAAUAUUCCUCAGGAAUUCCAAGGAGUGGUUAUUGCUGGGCUGAACCGCAGACGCGGAGUGAUCACGGGCACAGAUGCAGCCGAAGGUUACGUCACAAUCUAUGCCGAGGUGCCAUUGAAUGACAUGUUCGGAUAUUCGACGGAUCUGCGCUCCCAAACACAGGGUAAAGGAGAAUUCGCUAUGGAAUACUGUAAAUACAUGGCCGCUUCACAACAAGUACAAGCCGAGCUCAUGGAAAGAUUUGACUUGGAGAGGCUCAAGAAAACAAAGUCAAGAUAAUGUAUGGUUCCUCCCAGGCCCUGCGCGGUCAUGUCUUCGCACUUCCUUCAAUGGACUAGUACCGAUGUUUUUGUAGUCGCGGAGUCCUGGUAAAGACAAAAUCGAAGGAUUAUGAAAAAAAACGAAUUCAAGUGCAAAUUCAAAAAAAAAGAAAAUGGAGUAUUGGUUUUCGAAAGAAAGCUGGAAAGUAAAAGCUAUAUUUAUUGUGGGCUAAUGUACAGAUCACUUCUCGUUCUGUUAAUGGAACAUAUCUCGCUGACACGGGAAUUUAUUUCACAAGCUUAGCUGAACUCCAUUGUGUAACAGGAGAUGCUCACACGGGGAACAGAAAUCGGGAAAUCACACCCUUUGAUUCUUCGCCAUUACGUCUUUAAAUAAGCCCCAACCUAUAGGCUGACGAAUUUAAAACAAGAAAUCUUUAAACAAGACGUAGUUAUUUUAUAUCGCUCAUUCCCCAAUUCAGUUUUCCUUGUGUCCCGAAAUGUACUUCUAUAAAUUUUGUUUGUGCUCAA